AUGGAGGUGUCUCCUCUGUGUGUGCGAGCUGUCUUCACUUUCGGAGUGAUUUCUGCGUCUCUGACCCCGGCACUAGGGAAUUCUAAUGAAGAUCUUUAUUCAGAAGACGACAAUGACACUGGAGUUGGGCAAAAUGUAGAUGCCAUUGCUGAGUCAAUGAACCGUGAACGAGUUGGUGUUUCGGAGACUGUUCAGUACAAGACGGCUGAAAUAGCAGACGCAAUGCAGAGUUCGGACAUUCAGACUGACCCAGCAGUACUAUUUUCUAUGGUACCAAAGGAGAUGAAGGACAAAGUUGUCAUGGAAACAUCUGAUACUGUGUAUGAAAUCCAGAAAGCUGAAGGAGAGUGCAGUAUCAAUGAAUGUCCACAUAGUACUUUAGACAACCAACAGAAAACAAAAAUGCAAAACACUGCUAUAGAUACAUCAAAUACAGAACAGAUAAAAACAGAAGAAUCAAACGGCACAGAUGGCAAUAAACCUCUGAAAGUAAACUGUGUGCAGCGCAAUAUCACUGGAAUGGACAAUUACACUUUGCAGGUCCUCAAUGCUUCCCAGGACCUUAUGGAAUGGCUUAAUCCCAACAACAGUGAAUGCACCAUGGUUUUGUUUUUCACUCCGUGGUGCCACUUUUCCGCUGCUCUGGCGCCUCAUUUUAAUGCAUUACCUAGAGCAUUCCCAACUUUGCAUUUUUUGGCCCUGGAUGCUUCUCAGCACAGCAGUCUGUCCACUAGGUUUGGUACGGUUGCUGUUCCAAAUAUCCUCUUGUUUCAAGGUGCAAAGCCAAUGGCCAGAUUUAAUCACACAGAACGUACGCUGGAACCCUUGAAGGCUUUCAUAUUCAACCAGUCAGGAAUUGAAGCAAAGCCUGAUGUCACAGUAAUAGAAGCAGACUAUGAAGGACCAUUGCCGUGCAAUCCUCAAACAGGAAUUGACUGGCUUCUAGUGUUUUCUGUUCUCUAUGUGACAGCUUUUGUAAUAUAUGCCACCAUGCAAACGGACAGAAUUCGCUGGCUUAUACCGGGCCAAGAGCAUGAACAUCAGGAGUGA